CCUACACACCACCAUGAACUGGGAGAAUUACGACCCUUCGUUCCCUGACCAACCCGUGGUCGACCUCUACCUCCCCGUGUGGGCCAAACUCCCGGCCUCCCGGUCCAAACCGGCCUUCGUUUGGGUCGACGGUGGCAUCGGCAGCGGCGGCGGCGGUGGCACUGCAUCGACCACCCUGACCUACUCUCAGCUCAAUGACUCCGCCCGGUCCAUCUCUUUGCAGUUGCUUCUUCCUUUGCAGAGAGGCGACACCGUGAUCGUUUUGUGCCCGCCGGGGCUUGAGCUCAUAGAGAUCAUCUUCGGAUGCCAAAGAGCUGGACUUGUGAGCAUACCCAUGUUGCCACCUGAUCCAUCUUUCGCUAAAGAAAGCCACAGCCACCUUACCAGAGCCCUCUCUCAGACGAAGCCCAAGGCCGCCAUAGCACCCCUUGGUUACAUCACAAGGGUCAACCGCUACGUCUCUCCCAAUUCCGUAAACCGUGACGAGAAGUUUGCCGCCAUGUUGCAGAACCUCAGGUGGAUUUCAACCGAAGAAAUUGGGAUUAAAACGAAUGAAAAGUUAGGGCCUUCCGCGCCUUCUCCUUCUUCUUGUCCGUAUAAUGGGUGCAAGCCGGAAGAUGUGUACUUGAUUCAGUACACUUCAGGAGCCACUGGGAUCCCUAAACCAGUGCUUGUGACCGCCGGCUCGGCUGCUCAUAACGUCAGGGCAGCAAGAAAAGCGUAUGAUCUUCACCCGAAUAGCAUGAUCACCUCAUGGCUGCCUCAGUACCAUGAUUGUGGCCUCAUGUUCUUGUUGCUCACGAUAGUGUCUGGUGCAACGUGCGUUCUCACAUCUCCUCCUUCAUUCCUCAAAAGACCGAGGCUUUGGCUUGAGCUGAUCACAGACUUCAGAGCCACUUGCACUCCAGUCCCAUCUUUCACCUUGCCACUGGUGGUGAGGCGCGGUGGCGUCGAGAGGGGAACUUCGCCCAUAAACCUGGUCUCCAUGAAGAACCUGAUCAUAAUCAACGAGCCCAUUUACAGAGGCCCGGUAGACGAAUUUGUCGAUGCGUUCGCGCCUUUCGGCUUAAACCCAUCAUCCCUAUGUCCAUCUUACGGACUAGCGGAGAACUGCACUUUUGUGUCGACGGCUUGGAGACCCACCAGUCACGAUUUGGCCGCUUUCCCAAACAUCCCGACUCACAACAAGCUCUUGCCAAGUGCGAGACUCGCUUCAACAAAUGAUGAUUCAUCAUCCUCAGAAGAAGACAUGCAGAUUGUAGUUGUAGAUGAAGAAACUUUAGCGCCUGUCCAGGAUGGAACUGAAGGAGAGAUCUGGGUCUCAUCGCCAAGCAACGGUUCUGGUUAUCUCGGCCACCCUUCGUUGACAAGAGAAACUUUUCAUGCAAGACUUAGCAACAAGGUGAGCAGUUGCUUCCUCAGGACAGGAGACAGAGGAGUAGUCAAAGGCGUAGAGAGGUUCCUCUACGUGACCGGUCGGUGUUCAGACAUCAUCCCAAUAACACCACCAAAUGAUAUAGAGACGUCAUCACGUGCGCAUCAUGCGCAUUACUUGGAAACCGCAGCUUACGAUGCUUUCCCGCAGUUUCUGAGAGGAGGCUGCAUAGCCGCGUUCGAGUGCGGCUCGAGAAGAGUGGCCGUCAUUGCGGAGCUGCAGAGGAGCGAAGGACUGAACGGCGACGCCUUGAGGGGACUGUGCGAAGGUGUAAAAGAUGCGAUCUUGAACCGAGAGAAGGUGGAAGUCGGGCUGGUGGUUCUGGCAAAGAGCGGAAGCGUGCCUAAAACGACGUCCGGGAAGUUGCAGAGAUGGCUGGCCAAGGCGAGGCUGGUCGGUGGCGAGAUGGACGUGGCGAUGGAGAUGGAGUUUGGGCUCGAUGACAAUGGAGGGUCUUGGUCGAGUUUCACGACAAGCGACGUCAAUGGCAGUGCAGCCAGAGAUGGAGGAAGAGGGAAGAGAUCAUCAUCAUCAUCACCAUCGGCCGUGGAAGUGAGCGGGAACGCGGGUGGGGAGAGAUUUGAGAGGGAGAUCGCUUCUUCGUUGACCAGCAGCGACAGUGAUUCCACUCGUCCGAAGUUGCUCUCGAUGUUGUGA